CAGGAAACAGAUGUGCAGUGCCAGCAGUUCAGGCAGUUCUGCUACCAGGAGGCCGAGGGGCCUCGAGAGGUUUGCAGCCAGCUCCACGGUCUCUGCCACCAGUGGCUGAAGCCAGAAAGGCACAGCAAGAAGGAGAUGCUGGAUCUGGUGAUUCUGGAACAGUUCCUGGCCAUCCUGCCCCCAGAGAUGGGGAACUGGGUCAGGGAAUGUGGGCCGGAGUCCACUUCCGAGGCGGUGGCCCUGGCAGAAGGCUUCCUCCUGAGCCAGGCAGAGGACAGGAAUCUAGUCUGGCAGGUUCAAGGACGGAUUGUACAGGAGAGUCACCACAGAGCAGCUUUUCCAGGUGGUGCCCCAAAUUUUUUGCCAUCUCUUUGGGGCAGAGAGAAAGCAGCUUCCGUGCAGCCUGGUUGGGGUCUGGUGACCUUUGAGGAAGUGUCUGUUCAUUUCACCGAGGAGGAGUGGGCUCUGCUGGAUCCGGACCAAAGAAAGCUUCACAAGGAAGUAAUGGAGGAUAAUAAUCAGAAUGUGGCCUCUCUUGAGGAUAAUGAGACUUGCAUCCUUACUGCUCAUCAACAAAUCCAUACUGGUGACAAAACAUACAGUUGCUUGGUGUGUGGAAAAACCUUUGCUCACAGUUCACAGCUUAUGCAACAACACCCAAUUCAUAGAGGGGAGAAAUCUUAUAAAUGCUUGCUGUGUGCAAAGAGAUUUGCUCACAGUUCCAAAGUUAUUACUCAUCGACAAUUCCACAGUGGGGAGAAAGUAUAUAAAUGCUUGGAGUGUGGAAAAUGCUUUGCUGACAGUUCUGAUGUUACAAAACACCAACGAAUCCACACUGGGGAGAAACCAUAUAAAUGUCUGGAGUGUGGAAAAAACUUUGCUCAUAGUACACAUCUUACUAACCAUCAACGAAUCCACACUGGGGAAAAACCAUAUAAAUGCUUAGAGUGUGGAAAAAACUUUGCUGAGAGUUCAGCACUUAGUCAGCAUCAACGAAUCCACACUGGGGAGAAACCAUACGAAUGCUCAGAGUGUGGGAAGAUCUUUUCUCGGAGUUCAACACUUAGCGUCCAUCAGCGAAUCCACACUGGUGAAAAACCAUAUAAAUGCUUGGAAUGUGGAAUGAGUUUUACCCACAGUUCUGCACUUACUACUCAUAAACGACUCCACACUGGGGAGAAACCAUAUAAAUGCUUGGCAUGUGGAAAAAGAUUUGCUGUGAGUUCUGAUGUUACGAAACACCAACGAAUCCACACUGGGGAGAAACCAUAUAAAUGCCUGGAGUGUGGAAAAAACUUUGCUCAUAGUACACAUCUUACUAACCAUCAACGAAUCCACACUGGGGAAAAGAGCCAUACGCCAAAAUGCUUAGGGAGUGGCCCAAGGAAAAAAAACUUUUGCUUUAGGAGUUCAGCACUUAGUCAGCAUCAACGAAUCCACACUGGGGAGAAACCAUACGAAUGCUCAGAGUGUGGGAAGACCUUUUCUCGGAGUUCAGCACUUAGAGUCCAUCAGCGAAUCCACACUGGUGAAAAACCAUAUAAAUGCUUGAAGUGUGCAAAGAGCUUUGCUCAGAGUUCUCAUCUUACUAACCAUCAACAAAUACAUACUGACAAGAAACCAUUUAAAUGCUUGGAGUAUACUGGGGGAAAAACAUAUAAAUGUUUGAAAUGUGCCAAGACCUUUGCUCGGAGUACACAUCUUACUGACCAUCAACGAAUCCACACUGGGGAAAAACCAUAUAAAUGCUUAGAGUGUGGAAUGAGCUUUACCCAGCUUUCAGCACUUACUAAACAUCAACGAAUUCACACUGGGGAGAGACCAUAUAAAUGUUUGGAGUGUGCCAAGACCUUUUCCCAGUGUACAUAUCUUACUAACCAUCAACGUAUCCACACUGGGGAGAAACCAUAUAAAUGUUUGGUGUGUGGAAAGAGUUUUACCCACAGUUCAACACUUACUAAACAUCAACGAAUCCAUACGGGGGAGAGGCCAUAUAAAUGCUUGGAGUGUGCCAAGAGCUUUGCUCAGAGUACACAUCUUACUAAACAUCAACGAAUCCAUACUGAGGAAAAACCAUAUAAAUGCUUGGAAUGUGGAAAGAGCUUUUCCCACAGUUCAACACUUAUUAUCCAUCAACGAAUCCACACUGGGGAGAAACCAUAUAAAUGCUUGGAGUAUACUGGGGAGAAAACAUAUAAAUGUUUGGAGUGUGGAAAGAACUUUGCUUACAGUUCACGUCUUACUCAACAUCAACAAAUCCACACUGGGGAAAAGCCAUAUAAGUGUUUGGUAUGUGGAAAGAUGUUUUCUCGGAGCUCAGAACUUACUGUCCAUCAACGAAUCCAUACUGGAGAGAAACCAUAUAAAUGUUUGGAGUGUGGAAAAUGCUUUACCUACAGUUCAGUACUUACUAAACAUCAACGAAUCCACACUGGGGAGAGACCAUAUAAAUGCUUGAAGUGUGCCAAGAGCUUUGCUCAGAGUACACAUCUUACUAAACAUCAACGAGUCCACAUGGGAAAACCAUAUAAAUGUUCGGAGUGUGGAAAGACCUUUACCCACAGUUCAACACUGACUAAGCAUCAACAGUUCCACACUGGGGAGAAAUCAUAUAAAUUCUUACAUUGCGAUAAGAGCUUUGUUCAGAUUUCAUAUCUUAGUUAACAUCAGCAUAAGCAAUCGGAAAAGCACAGUAGAAACAGCUUUGCUCACAGUCUCAUGCUUACUGUCAUCAGUGAAUACUCACAUAGGAAAAUCCAUAUAGCAUUUGGAGUCUGGAAACCCCUUUUGUUGUGAAGAAAGAUCUUGUGAAAUACCAAGGAAUGCAUAGAGGAGAAGCUAUGUAAGUGCUUGGAUUGUGGAAAGAGCUUUUCUUGGAGGCACAGACUUUAAUAUUGACAAAUCCACUUGGGAGAAAUGAUAUAAUGACCUUGUGUGUUGAAAGUGGUUUACUGCAAUUUUAAUCUUUCUUUCCCAUCUGAGACUCUGUACAAAAGAGAAACCAUAUAAAUUCCCUGAGGCCCCUUUCACACAUGCAGAAUAAUGCACUUUCAAUCCACUUUCACAAUUGUUUGCAAGUGGAUUUUGCCAUUCUACACAGUAAAACCUAGCUGCAAAGUGCAUUAAAAGUGGAUUGAAAUCGCAUUAUUCUGCAUGUGUGGAAGGGGUCUGAAUGUGGAAAGAGAUUCUGUUGUAGCAGGAGCGUUACUGCAUGUGAUGGUUAUGUGAAAAAGUGAAAAGGUUUUGGAAGGAAAUACAUGCAGAAAUGCAAAGGCUGCUUAACAUUUGAAGUGGAUGCAAGACUAUGUUAAUAGACAUCUUUCCAAACAAUUUACCAGGGAAAUUACAAGAACUAUUUCUGUAUUUGUCAACUGCAGCCAGAGUCAUAUUUACUACUAGGUGGGAAGUGGAGAACUGCUCUGGAUGAGAAAACUGAGAAGAAAAAAUGAGAGAAUAUGGUACAGUGGCCAAGUUCGAUGAGAAAUGGAAACUGUACUUUAUAUAUUGUGAUGAAAUGGUAAAAAAAUAUUUUGAUAAUUUUUGCAUAUUUUGUUGAUAAAAUAAUUUCCAAGAUAAUAUGUUUUGUGGUUGUAGUUAAUAUAUUUGGUUAGUAGUAUUGUAGUGGUAGUUUAAUAAGCAAGGGAAAGGAAGGCUCCCCCAAAUUCAUAUAUAUAAAUAUAGUGUGAUUUUUUGUUACUAUGUGUUAUUUUAUACUCAUUGUAUGAGUUUUUGGGUUUUUGCUUUUGCUUUCUUUAUCCUAUUUUUGAUCUCUGUAUUGAUAUUUUUUAUAAACAAGAAAAUAAAAAAAUAAAAAAAAAUAUCAUGUCCAUUGAAUGUUUCUUAGUGG